CUAGUGCAGCAAGUGGCAGAGCAACAACGGUUCUGGAGGAAACAGCGGGAAUUCGAAUCCAGUUUGAUAUUGAACUACGUCUUCAUGUUCAUCAACUUGAUUCUGAUUCCACUCUUCGGCGUCGAUUCACUGCGCGCGUUGCUGGCGAGCGCGUAUGAGGGAACUUUGGCAGGGACGGUCCACAGUUUCACAAAAGACUUGCAUAAACAAACUGUUAGAUGGCGCCUUUUCGCUUUGAAAUAUCUGAUCUCCACCUUGAUGGUCUCAACGGCCUUGCAGUCGGUGCAGGCACCGCAGAUACUCUACCAAAAGAUAGCCAAUUUUAAGGCCUGAUAACGCAGAGAGCGUCCUCAAGAAUCAAUGCCAUCGAUCCUUGGUUUUUUUCCAAAGGGGAAGAAGAGUCGCCAAGAGAGCGUCCUCUUCGAAUGCCAUCCACUGUGGUAGCGUAGCUCUAACAACUUCUUCGCAGUGACGCAUGCAGAUCGACUGGCGACGCAAAAUCCGUUCGUUUUCGACUUCGGGUACUGGUACGCGUUCACCUCAAUCCUCUUUGCCUUGACGCUCAUUUUCGGUGUGGUCGAAAGGCUGGCAAUAAACAGUCCUUUUCAACCGGAUUACGUUGCGGCGG